AUGGAGCCAAAACCAGGCAUCGCCUUACAGACCUUCAUCUUCAACUACAAGCAAAACGCUGCACUCCGGCAAGGGACGGGAAAACACGAGCCUUUCCAGCGAACGUUCCUCGUGGCCAUCUGCAGAAAGCUUAAGGCAACACCGCCCCAGCGAGGGAGAGAGAAGGCACCCACAGGCAGGGAGGGGAAGGCACAACCGCACCCACCGCAGUACCUGUGCAAAGACACUCGUCACACCUUGGUUGUGGUCGGCACGUCGACAUCCGAAUCACUGUCGCUGCUGGACAUUUCUUCGCUUCAGACUAUAGCUGUGAGACCACGUCUGGACGCUAGAACAAGACUCAGCUUCCAAACGUCCUGGACACCAGUAGAUAGUAGACAGCAGAUACCCGUACCAAACAAGAAGAUGCCGCCGUACCGAGGGGGACGAGGCGGGGGGGCUGCUGGUGGGGUGCUGUCGCGCGGCGCUGUACAGCAAGACAAUCAGAUGAAAGAAAUCUUGGACGACAUCACUGCAGGAACCAAGGAGUUGGCUGGCACUGUGGGGAUGCAGGAAAACAGCGGCCUGGACAAGGAGGUACACCAGAAGCUGGCGGAGCAGGUGCAGCAGCUCGCUGCUCAGAAUGCCAAGCUGGAAAUCAAGAGGGCGGCGACGGCAAGUGCUAUGAAGACUCUUGCGGCGGAGGUGGACAAGAAAACAGCCGGGGGCGCGGCGGCGGCGGCGGCAGCAGCGGCUGACGACCCGCCACCAGAAGAGAUGGACAUGGCAUACUUCCUCGAGAGCAUGACCAGCAAGUUGUCGUCCGCUAUGGAAGGGGCAGACGAAAAGGCACUCGAGUCGAAGGAGUACAAGGACCUCAUGAAGAUGAUCGUGGCCACGGCCAUGGACGAUGACGAUGACAUCAUCGUACCAAACGACAACAGGGUCAGUCUCAAGUGCCCCCUCACGUCUAGCACCUUCGUCGACCCCGUCAAGAACAAAGUCUGCGGCCAUACGUACGGGAAGAAGGCGAUCUUGAACCACAUCCGCGUCGCCAAGAACGACGGGGGGGUGUCUUGCCCCGUUGCCGGUUGCUCGAACAAGGUCGUGAAGGCAGACUUGGUCCCGGACAAGGACAUGAUGCGCCGGUUAAAGAUCGAGGAAAACACGCAGCACACACAAACUGCCCAGGAUGCGGAGGACGUCGAAGACGACGACGUUGCAGAAUCCUUCAUCUGAUCUGGAAUGAUGGGAUCAGAACUCACCUGCACCAGGAGAUUAAGUAUAGGCAAAAUAUGUAGAUAUGGUGCAUGUAGCCAUCGCAUAUGGCAGGAGACAUGCUUUGGCAGGCGCGAACCAAAGGAAUGGAUAUGCAUCGUAACGGAAGCACCAGAUUCUAGUUUGCGGAGAGUCGUACGAAAGGUGCAGCUGUCAUGUUGACCUAGCUCAGCUUCAGAGAGAUGAGUAAUUUACAGGUUCGAGGUUCAACCCCGGCGCAUGUUGGUAGAGUACAUUUGAUUUUCCUCUGUUCUGACCAUGUACAUCGUAUAGUUGUCUCUGCGCCGUGCUCUUCAUUUGGCGCGCGCGGUGGAUGUUGCUUGUUGUUGCUUGCCGUGUUUGGUUGGUCGCGACCAUUGACUACGCGUGUUUUUCGAGACCGAGGGGGGACGUUUCGAGUCUCAACAUGGCCAGCUGUCGUCGUUGUGACAAUGAUUGUUUAGGUUUUCUUCCGACGAUUCGAUGUUGCUUGUCUGUAACAGAACAAGUUGCCUGCGUUCUUUGUCUCUCAUCGAUAUUUGUUUUUAUGCUUCGUGUUUUAAAAAGAGGAGAAAGGCUGUUUCGCAUCCCUUGCUCACCUGUUCCGUCCGCAAGGUCAUCGGUGAACAUGUGAGCAUCGUGCAAGAUAGAAGAUGGUCUACUACGCACGAAAGGCGCUGACAGCUUUAGAAACCGCCCGCAGCAAUACUUGGUUGGCCCAUCCGUUGUGCCGCAGAGGUUCAAGCGUCCUCGAAAGGUACCAGAACGACCGGCUGCGGUUUUCAACCAACUCAUCACGGCGCUCGACAAGGCUAUCUUCCAUGAGAUACCGCCGGAUCUUUAUCGGGAUUUUCCUCUCCCUCAACUCCUUCAUGGCGAUCUUCAAGGGGUCAGUCUCGUUCUCGAUGUCGACCAUCACCGGCGCGUUCAUACUGAACAAGAACGGGAAAGGGGGGGAAGGUGGAGGGGGGGGGUGGUCGCAUUUUUUAAGAGACAUUCUUGUCGAGCCAGUACAUCCUUUCUUAACCAACGCGGAUUCAGAAAUUGAUGAAGAUCUCGUGCGUUUAAUAAGCAGGUCAGACUACUGCUGUAGCCCAUGCUCCUCUAUGACACACAUUUG